GGUGGGCAGAAGACCGAGCGCCUGUGAAGAAGAGAGUCGUUGUGCGUCUGUGAAUAACGGAAUAACACAGAACCCGAGUCGCGUUAUAAAGGCUCGGUCAGAGGUCAGUUCAAGCGGUCAUCAUGGCAUCAGGCAGUGUGAGCAGCGAGGAGGAGAAGAGUCUGAGGGAUUGUGAGGUAUAUGUGCAGAAACACAACGUCCAGCAGCUGCUGAAGGACUGCAUCGUACAGCUGUGCACCUCACGGCCCGACAGACCCAUGGCCUUCCUCAAAGAAUACUUCGAGAGGCUGGAGAAGGAGGAAUCGAAGCAGCUCCUGAACCAGCAGAAGGCCAGCUCUCGCUCUGACUCUCGUGAAGAUGAGGUUUCUCCUCCCAUGAACCCCGUGGUGAAGGGCCGCCGGCGGAGAGGAGCCAUCAGCGCUGAAGUCUACACAGAAGAGGACGCCGCUUCCUACGUCAGAAAGGUCAUUCCCAAAGACUACAAAACCAUGGCGGCUCUUGCCAAAGCCAUCGAAAAGAACGUGCUCUUCUCACAUCUGGAUGACAAUGAAAGAAGUGACAUAUUUGACGCCAUGUUUCCAGUCACCUACAUUGCAGGAGAGAUCGUCAUCCAGCAAGGCGACGAGGGCGAUAACUUCUAUGUCAUUGACCAGGGUGAAAUGGACGUCUAUGUGAACAGUGAGUGGGUGACCAGCAUUGGUGAGGGCGGCAGUUUUGGAGAGCUGGCAUUAAUCUACGGCACCCCGAGAGCUGCCACCGUCAGAGCCAAGACCAAUGUGAAGCUGUGGGGCAUCGACAGAGACAGCUAUAGGAGAAUACUGAUGGGAAGCACUUUGAGGAAGAGGAAGAUGUACGAAGAGUUCUUGAGCAAAGUAUCUAUUUUAGGCUCAACUGAUACAGCUUCUCUGACUGACAGUAUUUACACAACGGCAAAGCGUGUGCUAGUAGAGGCGUGA